AUCAAAGAAUCCAUCAAGACCCUGAAAUCUUGUGAAGCACUCAUGCCUCUCGCAGAAACCCUCAACAUUCCGGAGAGGUGCAUUGACUCAAUCGCGUUGAGAGCUUCCUCUACAUAUCCCUCAUUGUUUGGUUGGCCGAUGAACGAAGGGAUAGCCACAACCAAGGCUUCCAAUCAGAUCCUUUGGAAUGGGAUCGAUAUUGGAAAGCGUAGGAAGAACCAAACCAAAAACACCAGUGUUGACCCAUGUUUUGAAGAUCUAGGUGUUCUUAGCUUAUCGAUCUACAAGCGACUGAUUUUUGCCAUGAAGGAUCAAGAUCUAAGCCUGGGAAUCAUCGAGAGCUCACUAAUAUCUUACGCCAAGAAAUCAAUUCUAGGCCUUUCUCGUUCCAACAGGAAAUCAUCCACGACGUCUAUAGCUUCGGAGGCGGAGCAGAGAGAGUUGGUGGAGACUAUUGUUGCGAACCUGCCACUGGAGAAGAGCUCAAGCUUUAGUUUUGGUUCUUCAUUCACGACAAGGUUUCUGUUUGGAUUGUUGAGGAUGGCGAACAUACUAAACGCGUCAAAAGCUUGUAGAGCUAUGUUGGAGAGGAAGAUAGCAUCGAAGCUGGAAAAGGCAACACUUGACGAUCUUUUGAUCCCAAGUUAUUCGUAUUUGAUGGAAAUGUUGUACGACAUAGGCUGCGUGGAGAGGAUAUUGGAGUAUUUCUUGGAGACAUUGGAAGAGAGGUUGGUUAUUGGGAUCGACGAUGAGGAUGGAGAAGUAGGUGGAAGAACGCUAGGGAUAAAUUCGAUGAUGUUGGUCGGGAAAUUGAUCAAUGGAUACCUGUCUGAGAUAGCAUCCAAUGCUAAUUUGAAGCCGAAAAAGUUUUGUCAACUUAGAUUUGCAGGUUAG